AUUGUUUUCUUCUCUCUCUCUCUCUCUCUCUCUCUCUCUCUCUCUCUAAUUCCUUUCCGGAUUCUAGCUGUCUCCUAAUUCGAUUCUUUAUAUUCCCUGGUGUUUUCUGGGUUUUAUAAUCUGAGAAGGGAAAAAAAAAAAAAUCUUUUUCUUCUACGAGAUCAGACAAAGAGAUCUGGGAGAGAAGAACCAAAAAGAAAAAAGAAAAAGAAAAACCAACAUACAUAAACAUACUUCAGAUUCGCUUGACUUUUCCCAAGAACAUGUCUGCUGCUUCCUCGUCUUCACCGUUCUUCGGAAUCAGAGAAGAAAACCCAAUUCAGAUGACACAACAGCAUCAUCAAUCCUCCACAGCUGCUUCCUCGACUGCUCCAAACACAGUAGUUCCUCAAAAGAAACGAAGGAAUCAACCUGGAACACCAAAUCCAGAUGCGGAGGUGAUAGCUCUAUCUCCAAAGACUUUAAUGGCGACAAACAGAUUCAUAUGUGAGGUAUGCAACAAAGGGUUUCAGAGAGAGCAGAACCUACAGCUUCACAGAAGAGGACACAACCUUCCCUGGAAGCUGAAGCAGAAGACAAACAAAGAGCCAAAGAGAAAGGUUUAUCUGUGUCCCGAGCCUACAUGCGUCCACCAUGACCCUUCAAGAGCUCUCGGUGACCUCACUGGGAUUAAGAAACACUACUCUCGCAAACACGGCGAGAAGAAGUGGAAGUGCGAGAAGUGUUCCAAGAAAUACGCUGUUCAAUCUGAUUGGAAGGCACAUUCUAAGACUUGUGGCACCAGAGAAUACAGAUGCGACUGUGGCACUCUCUUCUCCAGACGUGACAGUUUCAUCACUCACAGAGCCUUCUGUGAUGCCCUAGCACAGGAGAGUGCAAGGAACCCGACAACCUUAAACCCUAUGAGCGCUCAUAAUCUUUAUGGCACAAACUACCAGCAAGUUGCGGGUUCCACGAUGUCGCACCAUCUUCAUCAUCAAAAUCUUCACGCUCCUGCAACAAACCCUAAUACCAGUAUCUUGCGUCUAGGCAAUGCCAAUGCAGCCAAGUUCGAGCCCAGCUUAAUCUCUCCCUCUUCAAACCCAUCAAUGCCAAAUAAUUCCUCGGCUUUUUUCAUGACAGAUCCCAUUCCUAACCAAGGAUUUCAUCAAGAACAUCAUCAUCAUCAUCAUCCAUCUCAGCAGCAAGCAGCAUUUUCGUCUUCAAGCAAGGCUUCGUCUAUACAUGGUCUCAUGCAGCUUCCUGAUCUUCAAGGAAACCCUAGUAACAACAACAGUUCGUCCAAUCCUUUUAAUCUAGGUUUCUUCCCUAAUAACAGUAUGAUCUCUGAUCAGUUCAGUAACCCUAUUGGCGAUCAUCACCAUGUUGGGUCUGGUUUAGCUUCGUCAGUGCUCUUCGGCAACUCGAUCGACGACGUUUCUCCAGCGGCGGCGCAUAUGUCUGCAACUGCAUUGCUUCAGAAAGCUGCUCAAAUGGGUUCCACCACAACCACGUCGAAUAACGGCUCUUCCUCGUUACUCAGAGGAAUGGGUUGUUCUUCAACCAAUAAUAACAGUGGUGCUAAGUCGGAUAAUCUCGCCACUUUUGGAAGUGACGUUACAGAAAACGACCAUCAUCAGCAUCUUCGAGGGCUGAUGAACUCUCUUGCUAAUGGGAACCAUUCCAUAUUUGGAAAUGUGCAAGCAGUAGGGAAUGAUCAUCAGGCUAAUAGUCUGCAACAGAAUCUGGGUGUUAGCUUUGGAGGUUCUGAUAAGUUAACGUUGGACUUUCUGGGGGUCGGAGGAAUGGUGAGAAACAUGAACGGUGGAUUUUCCCAGAGAUCAGAAUCUCAACAACAUGGAAGCAUCAACAUGAGUUCGCCUUUGGAACCUGAACAGGCAAGCCAAACUUUCAGAAGCACGACGCUGCAAUGAGAAAAUUAGGAAUUCAGAAAUUAAAUUACUGUCAAACAUGUGGACUAGUUUCAUCAGAUGAAGCCAAACUUGGCUAAACCUUGGUUUUUUCUUUUCUGGAGUAAAAUAUGCAAUUCGGUCCUUGAAAAAUA